UUGAUACGGGAGUGGAGUUAGAAUAAAAUAAAAUUAUAAAAUAAUUGUUUCUUUUGGUAGCAAGAACCCGGAAAUCUUUUAGGCACACGCUGUUGCAAAGAACGCUUUGGCCAGAGGUCAAACUUCACAUACGGUUGGUUAAGUCCAUUAAGCUGUGGCAGAAUGUCUGAUGUUCCUGUGAAAAAAUAUCGAAAAGAGUCCGACACCAGUGAAAAUGAAGAGGAUAACGACAAAUUCGUGCCCUAUGUUCCAGUCAGAGAGAGAAAAAAGCAACAACUGCUUAAAAUGGGGCGCAUUGUUCAACUAACGGCUGAAGCUUCCAAUGUAGGAAAAUCGUCCAGCGAAAAUGAACAUGACGAGGAAGGCACCGAAGAGUCCUGGGGACGAAAGUUUAACAUCAGCUUGCUAGAUCAGCAUACAGAGCUAAAAAAAAUAGCUGAGGCGAAGAAAAUAAGCGCAGUUGAAAAACAACUGAAAGAAGAAGAAAAAAUUCUUGAAAGUGUCGCCGAAAAAAAGGCGCUUAUGGGUGUUGCAGAACUGGCCAAAGGCAUUCAGUAUGAAGAUCCCAUCAAAACUAGCUGGACACCACCGAAGUACAUUCUCAAUAAGCCCGAUUCACGGCACGAAAAAAUACGUGAAAGACUCAGAAUCUUAACAGAAGGGGAAAACGUUCCACCGCCUCUACGUACGUUUCGUGAAAUGAAGCUACCUAAGUCCAUAUUAGCAGCAUUGGCAAAGCGAAACAUUAAGAAACCAUCACCGAUUCAAGUUCAAGGAAUUCCCGCAGUCCUAGCUGGGCGAGAUCUUAUCGGAAUAGCGUUUACUGGAUCCGGAAAGACUUUGGUAUUCGUGCUGCCAAUUAUAAUGUUUAGCCUAGAACAAGAACUUCGUUUACCUUUCAUCAGUCGGGAAGGACCAUACGGCCUCAUCAUCUGCCCAUCGAGGGAGCUGGCGAAGCAAACACACGAUAUUAUACAAUACUAUUGCCGACAUUUACAAGAAGCCGGAAUGCCCGAAAUUCGAACGGUUCUGGCUAUUGGCGGUGUACCGGUCAAUGAUGCUAUUGCAAUAAUACAACAAGGAGCCCAUAUCAUGGUGGCCACACCAGGGCGUCUCAUGGAUAUGCUCGAUAAAAAGCUGGUUAAUCUGGACGUUUGUCGAUACCUUUGCAUGGAUGAAGCGGAUCGUAUGAUUGACAUGGGCUUUGAAGAAGAUGUUCGAACUAUAUUUUCAUACUUUAAGGGACAGCGUCAGACUCUACUGUUUUCGGCAACGAUGCCGAAAAAGAUUCAGAACUUUGCCAAGUCCGCACUGGUCAAACCAGUCACGAUUAAUGUUGGGCGAGCUGGUGCGGCAUCCAUGAACGUUACCCAGGACGUGGAAUAUGUAAAGCAGGAAGCAAAAGUAGUGUAUUUGCUAGAAUGUUUACAAAAAACUUCGCCACCAGUGCUGAUCUUUGCAGAAAAGAAACAGGAUGUUGAUGCCAUUCAUGAAUAUUUGCUGCUGAAAGGCGUGGAAGCUGUCGCGAUCCACGGCGGGAAAGACCAAGACGAACGAUAUCGAUCGGUAGAAGCAUUUAGAAAUCAGGAAAAAGACGUUCUAGUUGCCACAGAUGUGGCAUCAAAAGGUUUGGACUUCCCAGAUGUACAACAUGUUAUUAACUACGAUAUGCCCGACGACAUUGAGAAUUACGUGCAUCGUAUCGGUCGUACCGGGCGGUCGGGGUCAAAAGGUCUCGCUACAACGUUUAUCAACAAAGCAACAGAACAGUAUGUCUUGUUGGAUCUGAAACAUUUGCUUAUCGAGGCCAAGCAGAAAGUACCUCCGUUCUUGGGAGAGCUUUGCUCGGAAACAGAAAAAUAUGCGGACCUUGGAGAUGGUUGCAGCUAUUGCGGUGGCCUGGGCCAUCGUAUCACCGAGUGUCCAAAGCUCGAGGCUAUUCAGAACAAGCAGGUAUCGAACAUAGGUCGCCGAGAUUACCUUUCCAACACUGCAGCCGACUACUAAAAAUGUAAUUUGUAAAUGUUUUCACAAUAAAUCAUGUCGAUUAGACCAAA